AUGAACCGAACGAAAGAAUUGAUUUUGCUGGCGUACAGCUCCAGUUUUUCUUCCAUUUACAAACUUGGACGACGUACAGCUGGAAUCGAUGACAAUGGAGGCACACUCACAGCUUAUAUAUGGUCUUAUCUGCGGUCAAUGCUGUCAUUCGAUGUGCCGCGGAAGUUUGCUGAAGAUGAUAUGAUCGAUUUGGCACAUGUUGAUAAUCUGGAGGUUCUUGCCCGCGCUAAAUGGUAUGUGGACCACAACGAUUUCGAUGGAGCGGUCCGCAUUUCGCAGCUGCUGCGCGGCGAAGCGGCGCUGUCCGUUCGCGACUGGCUUGCCGAUGCCCGUGCAUACUUGGAGACUAGACUGCUCGCUCAACUUCUUGUUGCGCAUGCUGCCGUAUCAUCCAUCAGAUCCACGUAUUAG